AUGGUACCAACAAAGAAUGGUACCAAUGAUAUUGUCAUAGUACAAACAAAGAAUGGUACCAAUGAUAUUGUCAUAGUACAAACAAAGAAUGGUACCAAUGAUAUUGUCAUAGUACAAACAAAGAAUGGUACCAAUGAUAUUGUCAUAGUACAAACAAAGAAUGGUACCAAUGAUAUUGUCAUA